AUGUUUUCUGUUUGUCUUUCUUAUCGUUUAUAUAUUCUUUCUUUCUCCCAUUAUCCUUGCCUACGUAUUUUUUAUUUUUUCUCGUCUAUGCUUUCUUUCCUCCCUUCUCGACUAUAUAUUCUUCUUUCUUUCUUUCUUUCUUUCUUUCUUUCUUUGCUACAACGCACUCUUACUUUCUACUUUACGUCAUCUUUCUUCCAUCCUUCUUCCUUUCCUUUCUUUCUUCUCAAGUAUACUUUCUUUCUUUCUUUCUUUCUUUCUUUCUUUCUUUCUUUCUUUCUUCUCGCCUAUUUAUUUUUCAUUUUUCUUUACUCUCGUCAAUGCUUUCUUUCUGCCUGUCUUUCUUCUUGCCUAUGUAUUCUUUCUUUCUUUCUUCUCGCCUAUGUGUUUCUUUUUUCUCGUCUAGUACUUCUUUCCUCCUUUUCGCCUAUAUCUUCUUCAUUCUUUUUUCUUUCUUCUCACUUAUGUUUUCUUUCUUUCUUCUCGCCUAAGUUUUCUGUAUUUCUUCUCGUCUAUUUAUUCUUUCUUUCUUUUUUUUUUUUUUCUUAUUGGCUAUGUGUUCUUUCUUUUUUCCGUCUAUUUCCUCUUUCCUCUCUUCUCGCCUAUAUAUUCUUUCUUUCUUUCUUUCUUUCUUUCUUUCUUUCUUUCUUUCUUUCUUUUCUUUCUUUCUUUCUUUCUUCUCACCCUGUCCUUUUUCUUUCUUUACCAUCUUUCCUCCUUUUUCGCCCAUAUCUUCUGUCCUUUUUUUUUCGUCUAUACCAUUUUUUCCUCCUUUUCUUUUCUUUUUUUUCAUUCUUUAAUUUCUUUAUUUUCUUUCUUCUCACUUAUGUUUUCUUUCUUUCUUUCUUUCUUUCUUUCUUUCUUUCUUUCUUCUCGCCUAUGUUUUCUGUAUUUCUUCUCGUCUAUAUAUUCUUUCUUUCUUUCUUUCUUUCUUCUCGAUUAUAUAUGCUUCAUUCUUUGUCCUAG